AUGACCCGCAAUCUUGAGACCGCUCGCAUCAUCUCACUGCCCCCCGAUGCAUUCUAUAUCGCCGAUUUCAUUUCGGAGGAUGAGGAGAAAUGGCUUUUACAAAAGGUCAAUCCCUACCCAUCAGCGCCUAUACCACGCUGGACCCAGCUAUCACACCGCCGCCUUCAAACAUGGCCAUCCGCGCUCACCAAAACAAACACUCUACUCGACUCCCCACUACCACCCUGGCUCAUAUCGCCCAUCAUCGAGCCAAGAUUCGCAGCACUAGGCAUCUUUGAUAACGCUCCACACGGCGCGCCUAACCAUGUUCUGGUAAAUGAAUACCGACCAGGACAGGGCAUCAUGCCUCACGAAGACGGUACAGCCUAUUACCCACUGGUCGCGACAGUCAGCCUGGGUGCUCCGAUUGUGCUCGAUCUAUACGCGAAGAAGCAUCGAGAUCAGGCGGCCAUGGAGGGUUCCGAUGAUAGUGAUCAAGUUCCCGACUCCGGUGCGAAGCCGCAGUUUCGGAUCCUCCAGGAACGUCGAAGCUUGCUUAUUACGCGAGGACUACUAUAUACGGAGUUCCUACAUGGGAUUGCCGAGUCGAGGACGGAUGAAGAUCUGGGGCCCUACUCUAUUUGUAACUGGCCGCUCUUGCGGGAGAGAGACUCGUUUCAUGAUGGCUGGUACCGCCGGGAGACGAGGACGAGCCUCACGUACCGAGAUGUGGCCAAGGUUGCGAAGAUGGGAGGAACUCUGAAGUUCAUGGGCGGAAAGUGA